AUGUUAAUGAAACAUGUUAUUAGUGAUGAAGAAGAUGACGAUUACAAAAACAAUGUUAAUAGUGAUAGUGGUUAUAGGGAUGAAGAUUAUGAAAAGGAUAAUCUUGACAAAGAAGACUUUUAUUUUGAAGGUAACAGAGGCCAUGAUGAUCAUAGGUAUGAUAAAAAAAAGAUUAAUUCUGAUGAAGAUUUUAAAACUUGUAAACAAGAACCAAAUCUUGAAAUUAUCACCUUUAAUAAUAAUAAAUCUUCAUGUGAUAAAGAUGCCAAUGAUAAAGAUGAAGAUUUUGGAACUUGUAAACAAGAAUCAAAUUUUGAAAUCGCUAUCAUUAAUAAUAAAUUUUCAUGUGAUGAUAACAAGGAUAAAGAUGAGAAGGAUAGAAAAUAUAAAUUUAAUAAUAUGUUGAUAAAUAAUAAUAAAAAGGAAAAGAAUGGAAGAAAAGAAUGA